ACACAUCCCCAAGAGUGGGGAAACUGAGGAGAGGCUCCCAUGUCCCCCCCACCCCAGGCUUCCCUCAGGAUUCCCUCUUCCGGCUUGGCGGUCCCUGGAGGACCCUGGCUUCUGGGUGGAUGCAGGGGCGCUGGGAUUGGAUUUCUGGAGUGAUGAAUAUUCAUCAGCCUGAGCCGGCCUCUGCUUCUGUUUACUUAGCCGGGAGGGGCUGGGUUUCAGGUUCACCUUGACUCCAGGAGCUGUGGCCGGGCAGGUACCCGUUCCUGCACCUGUUCCUCCGCACCUGACGCACAGCGGCGCCGGCCCACCUCUGCUGGCCUGAGCCUUGCCCGGCGCAGCACCCUGGAGGCACCCCUCCUCCCCCGGUCUCGCCCUCCUGGGCAGCUCCUACACUCAACUCCUCUAGGGAAGGUGUCACCUCCAGCCCGGAGCAGUCAGGAUUACAGAAAGUCCCACCCUCGGUUCAGGGAGCACCAUGACAGAAGUUGGUUGGUGGAAGCUGACCUUCCUCCGGAAAAAGAAAUCCACUCCCAAGGUGCUAUAUGAGAUCCCUGAUACCUAUGCUCAAGCGGAGGGAGGUGCGGAAUCGCCAAGGCCUGAUGCUGGGGGUCCCAACAGCGACUUUAACACCCGCCUGGAGAAGAUUGUGGACAAGAGCACCAAGGGCAAGCAUGUCAAAGUCUCUAACUCGGGCCGCUUCAAGGAGAAGAAGAAAGUUCGCUCCACGCUGGCAGAGAACCCCAACCUCUUUGAUGACCGGGAGGACAAAGGACAGUGA